CCCAGUCCCUAGUGGUGUUCAGCCGUUCAGGUUGGGUCGGUCCAAGAACAAGGUCUCGAACCUCCGAUUGCCGAUGGAUCUCCUCUCCGCUGCGUACGGCGCUCCCUCCGACGAGGACGACGACGAGCCGCUCUCCUCCCCGCCAGUCGCCACCGCGCUCACCUCCUUCGCACCAUCUCCCGUGAAGCGGCCGCGGUGGGAAUACCAACCAUACCUCCCUCCACCCCCGUCCUUCCCGCAGCCGCCCCUGCCCAACGCAGCGCCGCCGCUGACAUCUCAAGCCAGCGGCAGGUACGUCUCCAAGAGGGAGCGCGCCCUCCUUGCUGCAUCUCGAGCAUCCGUGGACGCCGCAUCGAUCCUUCCUCCGCAGACAACAGCAGAGGUCGAUUGCUCAGUUGGCUCCAUCACUGAUUCAAAUCUGCGAGCUGGCAUUUUGCAUUCCUUGCGAUGCCAACCAAAGCCUGGAUCUAGCAAAAGUUUGCCUUCGAAGCUCUCGGUUUCUUUGAAGGGUCACACAAAGGCAAUAAAUUGUAUAGAUUGGUCGCCAACUCAUGCACAUCUACUCACUUCUGCUGGAAUGGAUCAUACAGUCCAUGUAUGGAACGUAUGGGACAAAGGGAAUACUACUGCUCGUGUUUUGAAGCAUCACACUGCUGCUGUAAAGGAUGUGAGGUGGUCCCCUCAUGGCCUCUCUUUGCUUUCUGGAGGGCUUGAUUGUUCCUUACAGUUAAUUGAUGUUGUGGAGGGAAAGGUAAUCAAAGUAUUGAAGGAAGAUCAAGCUGUGGAGGUUAUCAAGUUCAACCCAAGUAACCCCAAUCUCUUCCUAUCUGGUGGGUCCAAGGGUUCUCUUAGGCUAUGGGAUAUUCGAAGUGGUCUGGUAACAAAAGAAUUUCAUAGAAGUCUUGGGACCAUCCUUGACAUCGAAUUCAGUGCUGAUGGGAGACAGUUUAUCUCUUCAACGGACACAACCAGAAGCAAUAUUAGUGAGAACACUAUAAUUGUCUGGGAUGUCCUGCGACAAGUUCCUUUAUCUAACCAGGUUUAUACUGAAGCAUUCACAUGCCCAUGUGUAAGAUACCACCCGCAUGAAGCUUCUUUUGUUGCGCAAUCCAACGGGAACUACAUUGCGAUUUUUUCAGCAAGGCCGCCCUUCAAGCUGAACAAGUAUAUGCGGUUUGAAGGACAUGGAGUAUGGGGUUUCCCGAUAAAGUGCAAUUUUUCUCUAAGUGGAAGAGAGCUUGCAUCCGGCUCGUCAGAUGGAUCCAUUUACUUUUUUGAUUAUAAAUCCGCAAGGUGUUUGCGGAAAAUAGAAGCAUUCAAAGAAGCCUGCACUGAUGUUGUAUACCACCCUGUAAUACCAAAUGUGAUUGCUUCAUGUAGCUGGACCGGUGAAAUAUCUAUUUUUGAGUGAGAUAAUAUAAUGCUCGGUACGGAAGUAAUGUUGAGUGUUACACGGCAAACUUUUUCU